AAUGCCAAAAUAUAAAGUUUCAGUUAUAUCACUUGGUGAAAUUAUUCAAAAUUUAUAUUCUAGGCUAUAUUCUAAAAAUUGGUGGAUUUCUUGCUCAACUAAUAAUAAUGCAACAUAUACAGUUCUUUAUCUAAUUCAUCUUGAUAUGAAAACUAGAACUACAAUAAAUCAACAUGAUUUUAUAAUUACAGUAGUUCAGGAUAGUUUUGAAUUUGGAUAUUUAUAUCAAUAUGAAGCUCUACAAAGUAAUAUAUGUAAAAGUUCAUUAGUGGCAGCUACCUCUAAAUUUAAUGAUAAAGAAGCAAUUAUUAAAAUAUACUACACAUUUCAAAAAAUGUAUGAUUUUCAUAAUACUGACCUUAAUACUGUUUGGAAUAAAAUUGGUAUAUUAACACAGUAUACAGGAAGCCUACUUUUUGGGCUUGAACAUGAGCAGACAAAGUUAGCAAUCAAUAAAGAGCAAACACUUUUAUCUCUAUUACAAGAUAUAGGCUGUACUGAUAUAACAACUUUUGAAAAAGAGUCUACAAUUUUACAUAUAAUUAGUCAUUAUGUUCAUUUAGGGUUUGAUAUUACAGAAGAAUCAGAUAUUGAGUUAGCAAUUGAAGAAAUUCAUAAAACAUCAGUAGCUUAUUUAGAGCCAAAACAAAAUAAAGGUAACAAGAGUAAUAUAUGA